CUUAGAUGAUCAGUCAGGAAGAUAAUCCGUAGCUAGCCAUUUGUACUCUCCCGCCACGUGUGAACUACGAAUACAUGUAGCUAGUAGUCUGUCUACGCCGUUUUGGACCAUAUUUAACAUCUCGAGUGUUUGGUUUUACGGUGGGAACAUUAUGAAAACACAGUGACGACCAACAUUUUCUGCAAGCUUCACCAGAACCUCCUACAUCAGGAUGAAGGGACGAGAGGACGCUCCUCGAGACCAGGGCUACCUGGUCGGAAUUUGUUUCUUCAUUCUGGGCCUGGGAACACUACUACCAUGGAACUUCUUCAUGACUGCGUCAUUGUAUUUCCAAGGUCGCCUAAAUACAAUAGAAUCGAGCAACGGCACAGUGGUGGUCCGCAAAGAGUACUACUUCAACAACUGGAUGACCCUGCUGUCCCAGCUGCCCCUGCUGCUGUUCACGCUGCUCAACUCUUUCCUCUAUCAGAGGAUAUCAGAGGCGAUGCGUAUCGCAGGUAGCCUUGUUUUUAUCCUGCUGCUCUUCUUCCUCACGGCUGUCCUGGUCAAAGUGCCCAUGGAGGAAGAUCGCUUCUUCUCUGUUACCAUGGCUACAAUCUGGUUCAUCAACUCGUUCGGCGCCGUGCUGCAGGGCAGUCUGUUCGGCCUGGUGGGUCUGCUGCCUCAGAAGUACAGCACCGUCUUCAUGAGCGGCCAGGGCCUCGCCGGGACCUUUGCUGCCAUCGCCAUGCUGCUAGCCAUAGCCAGUGAUGCAGAGUCUGAGUCAGCAGCGUUGGGUUACUUCAUCACACCAUGUGUGGGGACAGUCAUCACACUCUGCAGCUACCUGAUUCUGCCUCGCCUGGAGUUUGCGCAGUACUAUCUGAACAAAAGCAGCACCUACGAGGUCGGCACCAAAGACGAGCUGCUGAGCGAGAGCAGCACAGUGGAGAACGGGAAGCUGAACGGCCAUGCUAACGGCUCAGUGACCGGCAGUCCGGCUGAGACCGAGGUGGACCCCAGGCCGGACGGGACCACGCAGGCCUUCCUGCCACUGGAGCAGGUGGACAGGGAACAAGCCAAAGCCUCGGUCAUAGAGGUCUUCAAAAAGAUCUGGGUGAUGGCGUUCUGUGUGACGUUCGUGUUCACAGUCACUCUGUCUGUCUUUCCUGCCGUCACCGCAGAUGUCAAAACAUCAUUCCCAGGAAAAUGGGAUCGCUUCUUUCUCUCAGUGUGCUGCUUCUUGAUGUUCAACAUCAACGACUGGCUCGGUCGCACCAUCACCACCUUCAUACGUUGGCCUUGUAAAGAGUCUCGUCUGUUCCCGGCGCUGGUCGUCUCCAGGGUGGUGUUCAUUCCUCUGCUGAUGCUCUGUAAUGUCCAGACCCGCUCCUACCUUCCCGUCUACUUUGCUCACGAUGGUGCUUUCACUGCCAUCAUGGCUCUCUUUUCUGUGUCCAGCGGCUACUUCGUCUGCCUCUCCAUGUCCUACGCACCACAGUUAGUGGAGCCCAAGGAUGCGGAAACUGCAGGAGCCCUGAUGACCUUCUUCUUGGCCCUGGGUCUGUCCAUAGGAGCAGCCCUGUCCUUCCUUCUGAGAGCUCUGGUCUAGACACACACAAACACACACACACAUACACAUACAUACACACACACACACACACACACACACACACACACACACACACACUCACACAGAAAGACUGUAUACACACCUGGAGGCAGAACUAUGAUAAAUGGUUUGUCAUCAGUCUGCCCUUCGUGGUCGGUAUUCUCUUCUUUGUCCUUAUUCAUCGUCAGGUGCUGCAUCUGCAUGUGUUGCCGCAUGUUUUGCAGCUUGACAGUGUUGACGACCGAGGACCCUGAGUGACUGGUUAAAAAAACAAAACAAACAAACAAACAAAAAAAAAAAACAGCUGAUGAAGUGAUAUUCCUAAAUGAAAUAACUUCCUACUGAAGUAGGAAUAAGGGAAAUACUGUUUACUUUGAUUAACUUCUGGUUACCUGCUGCAAGCCUGAAGAGGAAGGUUAGAAAACAUUUGAUUUCCUCGGUGUAUAGUUAUCAUCAUAGGUUUGACAAUAAAAAGAGAUUUUGUUGGUCUUUGUGUUUCUACAUUUUUAGGUUUAGAUUUUUUACAGUUGGGUCCAAAAGUAUUUGGACAGGGACAAAAUUUUUGUAACUCUGCACUGUAAUGGAUUUUAAAAUGAAGCCAUCAAGAUGUGAUUUAGACUUUCAGCUUUAAUUCAUUAACUGUUUAGGAAUAACAGACAUUUUUAUACAUAGUCCCUUAGUUUUCAGAGGCUCAAAAGUCAUUGGACAAUUUACUUACAAUCAAUUUCAUGGCCUGUGUGGCCCGUUCCGUUGUUAUCUCAAGACAAAUUAAGCAGAUAAAAGGCCUGCAGUUGAUUCCAAGUCAUGAAUUUGCAUUUGGUAGCUGUCCAAAGAGGUGUUGAUACCAGUGAAGGAAGCUGAAAAAGCAAAGCUAUCGGACGGAGAGCAGAAACUUGCAGGACUGCCCAAAUCAACAGUUUGGUACAUUCUUUAAAAAGAAAAAAAAAAAAAAAAGGAAAACAUAUAUGAGCUCAGCCACAGCAAAAGGCCUGGAAGAGCACAGAAGAUGAAUGCAGAGGGUUUACCACAAGGUGCAAACCACUGGUAACACUGAGAUGGGCCAGAUUAGACUAACAAAUAAAAAAGCCUGUCCAGUUCUGGAACAAGAUUCUUUGGACAGAUGAAAGCAAGACGAAUGUGGAUCAGAACGAUGGGAAGAGGGGGGAGCAGGAUCCGAAGCAUACCAUCCACAUCAUCUGUCAAACAUGGUGGAGGCCAUGUUGUGUUAAGCAUGCGCAUGUAUGGCUGCCAGUGGAACUGGGUCACAGGUGUUUAUUGAUGAUGUGACUGCUGCUGGAAGAAGCAGGAUGAAUUCUGUGUAGUGUAUGAGGAUUCAAACUCUGCCCAGAUUCAGCCAAGUGCUGCAGGACUGAUACUUCACAGUACAGAUGGGUAUAUUCUGUGAAAGCAACUCAAGAGCUUCUCAAGGCAAAGAGUCACCUGACCUCAACCCAACUGAGCAUGCUUUCCUCUUACUGAACACAAAGGCAGAAGGACUCUCAAACACACAGCAGCUGAAGAUGAAGCAAAAGAUUGAAAAAUAAUCCUUAUAUUCAUACUUGCAUUAGGUUGUCCAAUUACUUUUGAGGCUCUGAAAAUGGAGGGAUUAUGUGUAAAAAGUUAAAUAUUUUUUAUUAACUGAGCCCCUUGAAUUGAAAUUGAAAGUCUUCAAUCACGUCUUGAUGGUUUCAUUUCAAACUGCAUUGAGGUGGUGCACAGAAGCAAAAUGAUGAACCUGACUGAUUUUUUUUGGUUUUCUUGUAUGUAGUUUUAGGGAGUAUGUAGAUAAAGGGAAACAUUAGAGAGUGUCAUUAUAUUCAUUUCCACAUGCUGCAGUCAAGAAGACGGAUGUAUCAUAUGUGUACAUGUUGCCUCAAAUAAUUUUAGUGACUCUACUUUUUGUUAGAAUAACGAGGUAUUUUUGAUGUCAGGGUCUUGCUGGGAUUCUUCUAUAUUUUUCUAGUGAACAAAAAAUAUGUUUUAAUGCACUGUGCCAGUGGAAGGUCGAUGACCUGCCUCAUGUGCAUGGAUGGGUAGCAGAAUGGGUGACAACAAAAAAUGACCUGAAAGAGAUGCAAAACAACCACAAAGAACUGCAAAAAGACAGAACAAGCAUGUUGCAUUAUGCUCAGUACUUCUAUGUUGGACGGACUUUAAUGUGUCUGUCCCCAGGGGCCCAUUCACUCAAAAUCCCAAAUUCCUUUUUCCAUUUCCAGUUUUAUCUCCCAGUCUCCUCCGAAAACCUGCUGGACCAGUCGUCUCUCUUCAGCAUUUAGCCUACUGCUGCCAUCUACUGGUAAAAAGACUCAAGUCCUUCAGAGGUCCAGUUUUAUGGCCUAAAAACCAUGAGAUAUUACUGACUGACAGGAAGUAGAAAUACAGUUUAUAGCACUUGGUAAUACUUAGUUUUAUCCUUAGACAUGCCAGGGUUCAGGCUAACAUGAUAUAUUAGUGAAAUAACAUUCCUCUGUUGACAUGACCCCAGGCUGACAUGGAGGAUAAAGGCUAUGAUACAGGAAGUAGUUUACUUGAAAUAAGUUUUUGAAUCUUGAUGGUGACACCAGGCAGCUGCUGUUUUCUUUUUACAUGUACAAGUGAAGUGAUGCUGUUAUUACUGUAAGCCAUUAAAACAAUCUAAUCAGAUGUAAAUAUUAGUUUUUGAAUAUUGUAUAGAUAUUUAUAUUGGCCACUUAACUAUGUCCAAUGGUGUUGGAUUUAUUUAGACAUUGCUACCAAUGUGCCAUGCUCCAGUAACAAAGAAACUGAAAAGUUUUGUUGGGAUUUUUUUUCUUAUUGUAGUUUACAAACAUGUAUAAAAGUUAACUUAUUGCCCAAAACUGACGUUGCAUCACAUUUUAUGUCGACUGAAAAUUUACCUUUUGUUUUUCUUAAGUGCUCAAAGCUCAGUCUUUAUUUUUCUGCUGGUUAUUCGAUUGUGUGUGUGUGUUUUUUUAUAAGCAUCAUGCACAUGUAAAUGGGGAACAUUUGUCUUGUGACAGCUGCUGCUUCAUAAUGAAAUAAGGGCUGAGUCCUAAUGGACAGAGCAAUAUUAAUUGGAAUUAUUAUUAUUAUUAAUAUAAUAAUAAUAAUAAUAAUAAUAAAGAGUGACUUGAUUUAUACAAUCUUCACGUCCAGUGGAAAAAUGGACAAAUACGGCAGGUAGUUGUCAUGGCAACUAGAUCAUGUCAAUGCAGCAUCAGACUUUUGAACUCAGUUCAUGUUGCAGUGAUUUUACAUUGGGACUCUAAUGUAUUAUUCCAUGUCAUACUUCAAGUUAACUAAACAGAAGCCAGUUAAAUUUCCUUUCUACUUCUUAACUACUUGUGUAAAGAAUGUAAAUGAGCUAUGGUAGUUCUUAAGCAGUGUACAGUCUGUAGUUGCAGUUAUUCUAACAGUUGCAGCCUUAACAAAAAAACCUGCUUUCGAAGGUUCAUGUUGUGUUUGCAUCGCAUUGGAUUGACAGUUAACACAAGCUGCUGUUCGCCUCCUUGUAAGUACUCUGUGCUUGUUGCUAAUUGCAGAUGUGUCAACAUAGAGCAGCAGGAAAUCCUCCAACAUUAACAGUCAAGAAACUCAGUGUCAACAAAACAGAAUAGUUUUUUUGUGAGUGGAUUCAGAGCAACAAUAUUCAUACUUAAUGUGAUCAAUUACAUGCAGUUGACCUGUGCUCCAUACAAACACACAGAGGAUCUUGAACUAUCAGUCCGUGCGUCAUGAGUUACAGUAAAGGGAAUUCAUGCCUAUGCAUGUUCAUGUGUCUGUAAGGGUCUGACUAUUAAUAAAUUGAUGGUUUCAA